GCUUCAAACUUCAAUUCGUAUGAAUUAAUCUUAAGCUCCGUCAACCCAAAAACAAGUAUAUUUAAGUGCCGACCCAUCAUGUGGUCGGCUUCCCUUCCCAAUUCACAAGGAACUGUCCAUGUAUCGACACGUGGUGCCAUAAUUUCUGAUCCAAAAUUGAAAAACGCGGAAAAAAACACGUGUCAACUUCCCAUGUACUACGUUUCGAGCUCAAACCAUUCCCUAAGUUUGCACCUAUAAAUACAGACAGGACCAAUAGUCAAUUCUCAACAUCGAAUUGGUUCAUCGCAUUCGCAUCCAAUUUUAAUUUCAUUUUCUUUCACUCGGACAUGGAAGCAACUUGUCUACGUUCCUCCUCACUUCUUCGCUUGCCAUUUUUGCCUGCAGGCAAAUCUCAGUGCACAAGAACUGGAUUACUGCACAGGAGAACAAUGCCAAGGAGAUCAUCAAGUGCUAGUACCGGCACUACCGGGCUUGUCGUUGUAGCAGCUGCGAGGGACAACCGCGAAGGGCCAUCGCGAUCCGUGGUCGAUGAGAGCUUGAUCGUUCUGAGAAAACGCAUUCACGAGAUGAAAAUGGUGGAGAGGAACUACGAGCCUCCCCAGGAAUGGAUGCAUUGGGAGAAGCAGUGUUACGCAAGUUAUGAUGACUAUGUUUGUAACAUGGUGGGUUGUCUUCAGUCGUGUCUCAUGAACACCAGGCCUAGUGUAGCCCUUUCCGUGCUACUUCUCGUCGCCGUCAGCGUCCCGGCAUCGACGGCCAUGAUCUUGCUACGGUUCAUGGAGGUGGCUAAUGGGGCUCUGUCUACCGUUCAUCAUUUUGGUUGAUAUGGUUAUAGCAAUUAGCUUUGUAACUGUAAAUAUACAAUUUGACUGAUAGGGAUUUUGUAUA